AUGGCCUCUGAAGACCUACUCAAUCCCAUGACGGAGUCCUCUUUGACAAUUCCCUCCGACUCCGAACAGUAUUCCGGCAAUGAUGAACUCUCUCCUUCGCCACCAUCAUCUUCGAGUUCACCGCCGAUGAUACUAUACCAGCCUCCUUCUCUGUGGGGACUUGUUCGGGGGGCCGCCAUAAACCUACUCUUGCCGUUCAUCAAUGGAAUGAUGCUUGGAUUUGGAGAGCUGUUUGCACACGAGGCUGCUUUUCGAUUGGGAUGGGGUGGGACUAAGGUGUUCCCUUCAGGACGAAGUAGCCAUUCAGUUGGUCCCGGUAUCGAGAUUCGAGAAAACCCAUUUGAGGCGCGGAGGAGAGAUGGGCAAUUGGAUGAUCUGACGAGUAUGGAGUAA